UUGGGAGAAGUCUUUCAGCUAGGCUCAAGUACUGUAAAGAUUGCUUUCUGCCUGAUUUGGUGUGAAUUAGACACAGCCUUGAAUACUGACCCAACUUGUGUGGGCUUUAUUUCUCCUUGGUAUAAAAUGCGGAGACCGGCUAAAAAACAAAACAGACAAAAAACAAAACUAGACUGCCAAAAUCCUUGUUUAUCCACGGUAGGGGAUCUCUUAGUUGCUGAGGCAACCCGUUGAUGCCAGCCGCAGCCUGUGACAGCUGCCACAGCCGCCGACAGUCCUGCCUCAGUAACACAAGUGAAAGUGUGGACAAAGGAUAUAGCUGGAGAAGAGGCGAGACCCGCUUUCAAACCUGGGAACUGUACUUAUUAACAGCUUCCAAAAAAGAUAGAGAAGAAGGAGGACGGGGUGUUGCAUUUGAAAGUUUCCUCUCUUAAAUCAGUCAUACUGAACUUGAGCUGAACAAGUCGGAUCUCGUCUGGAAUUCCCUCUGGGCCUGUCGGAAAUUCACUGGUAACCCGGGGAAGCUAAACACAGGAAAACAACCCGGCUGCCAGAGAUCAGCCAGUAACUCGUGGUUGGUGAAGAGCGACAGUGCUUUUUGACAAGAGACCUAAAGACAGGCACACGGGGAAUUGCAGAGAAAUUUUGUCGGGUUUCUAAGGCUGAAAGAUAUGCCUGGACUGUGGAAGUGACCACGCUACCUAGCUGCAAUGGCAUUCCUGAGGCUUCUCUACCUGCUGAUCGCUGGGGCAGCUGCUGUGGAGCCAGACGGACACUUCAACCCAGCUCUGUGUCGCUAUGCGUUGGGUAUGGAGGAUGGAACGAUCCGCGAUGAAGAUAUUGUAGCCACCAGCUCCUGGUCUGACUCCACUGCAGCUAAACAUGGCCGGCUGUCUUUGGGAAAUGGGGAUGGUGCUUGGUGUCCGUCAGGCCCGGUAUACCCCAAUAAUGCAGAGUUCCUGCAGGUAGAUCUGAAGAGACUGCACUUUGUCACUCUGGUUGCCACGCAGGGUCGCCACGCCAACGGCCACGGCAACGAGUUCGCCCGCGCCUACCGGCUAGUCUACAGCCGCAACGGGCGCACCUGGAUCACCUGGAGAGACCGAUGGAACAACGACGUGGUGUCGGGGAACGUGAACACGUACGACAUGGUUCUCAAGGACCUGGGCCCCCCCAUCAUCGCGCGCUACGUUCGCUUCUACCCCAUGGCGGACCGGGUGAUGAGCGUGUGUCUGCGAGUCGAGCUGUACGGCUGUGAGUGGACAGAUGGACUGAAAGCCUACACUUCUCCAAUCAGCCACGUUAUGAAUCUUCCAGGUGGCCCUGUAUACCUGAACGACUCGACCUACGAUGGAAACGUAGAUGCUGGGCUGCAGUAUGGAGGGCUGGGGCAGCUGUCCGAUGGGGUGCUGGGGCUGGAUGAUUUCACAGAGGCCCGAGAGCUGAGAGUCUGGCCUGGCUAUGACUAUGUGGGGUGGAACCGGGAGGCGGCAGGUGUGGGCUUCGUGGAGAUGGAGUUUGAGUUCCAGGGGAGGCGCACCUUUCAAAGCAUGCAGGUUCACUGCAAUAACCGGUACCAGGAGGCGGUGAAGAUCUUCCGCAGCGUGUCGUGCCUCUUCAAGCCGGACCUGCUGAGGCAGUGGGAGCCGGAGCCGGUCAGCAUGGAAGUGGAGGCGGAUGUGCGGGACCCCAGCGCUCGCACCGUGCCCGUGCCCCUGCAUGGGAGGAGCGGGCAGAUGGUGCGCUGCAAAUUCUACUUCUCUGACAGCUGGCUGCUCAUCAGCGAGAUCUCCUUCAUCACAGACAUUGGAGGGGAGACCUCGUCUGUGAAGGAGACCCCCAAUCCAGCCCCUGCUGCUCCCAGUGUGAUUCCAGGCACCAGCCCCAAAGUGGAGGCCCCGAUCCCAAGCCCUGCCCCCAACAUCACCGCCAACCGCACAACUCUGGGAGGACAAGGCAGGCUGUCAGGCAUGGGCGACAUGACUCUCAACAGCACAAUGGAAGAAGAAGACUGGGCGAUGCUCACCCCAAAGGCGGGACUUCCCGUUGCCAAGGACGACAACAGCCACACUUCCAUCCUGGUUGGCUGCCUGGUAGCCAUCAUCCUGCUGCUUUUGAUUGUCAUCGUCAUCAUUCUGUGGAGACAGUACUGGAAGAAGAUACUGGGCAAGGCGCAGAGGCGGAUCUCGGAUGAUGACUUGCGGGUCCACCUUUCGGUUCCAAACGACACCGUGGUCAUCAACAAUACCCAGAAUCCCCUGAGCGCUGCCCGCUACGCCAACCAAUACGAGCGUAUCCAGUCGUGCGAGGGGGAGCAGGGAUCGUCGUUUGGGGCCGAGUACCAGGAGCCCAGCGCUCUGCUGCGCAUGAGGCCAGAGUCUGUGCUCACCACUGACAGCUCAGCUCUGCUGUUAAACAACCCAGCCUAUCACCUCUUACUGUCCGCAAACUCACCUCAGCCCCCAGCAGGCAAACCGGGAGGGCAGGCCAAGCCAAUCAACACUGACGUCUAUGGCUCUGGCUACAUGGAACCAAAACUGUUGAAGGUCCCGCCCCCUUACGGGUUCCCCAGCGGAGCCCCGCCCCCUUGCAUGUCCCCCUGCUCCUCAAACAGUGUCCCUCAUUACGCAGAGGCUGACAUCAUCAACCUGCAGGGCGUCACCGGCAACAACACCUACGCUGUUCCCGCGGUAACCGUGGACGCGCUGGCCGGCAAGGACAUUGGGGUGGGAGAGUUUCCACGGGAACACCUCGCCUUCAAGGAGAAACUUGGAGAGGGGCAGUUCGGAGAGGUGCACCUGUGUGAGAUCGACAGCCCGCAAGACCUGGUCAGCUUGGAGUUUCCCUUUAAUAUCCGCAAAGGGCGCCCUCUGCUGGUGGCUGUCAAGAUACUGCGUUCUGAUGCCACCAAGAAUGCCAGGAAUGAUUUCCUGAAGGAGGUGAAGAUCCUGUCCCGGCUGAAGGACCCCAAUAUCAUCAGGCUGCUGGGUGUGUGUGUGCGGGACGACCCGCUGUGCAUGAUCACAGAGUACAUGGAGAGCGGCGACCUCAACCAGUUCCUGAGCCAGUGCCAGCUCCAGGACAAAGCCAGCAGCGCCAGCGGCAUGCCGACUAUGAGUUAUACGGCUCUGAUCUCCAUGACAUCCCAGAUCGCCUCUGGGAUGAAGUACCUGGCCUCCCUGAACUUUGUUCAUCGAGAUCUGGCCACUCGGAAUUGCCUGGUGGGCGAGGGCGACACCAUUAAGAUCGCCGACUUUGGGAUGAGCCACAACCUCUACACCAGCGACUACUAUCGCAUCCUGGGCCGCGCCGUGCUGCCUAUACGCUGGAUGGCCUGGGAGUGCAUCCUCAUGGGGAAGUUCACAACAGCGAGUGACGUGUGGGCGUUCGGUGUGACGCUGUGGGAGAUGCUGGUUCUGUGUAAGGAGCAGCCCUACAACUGGCUGACCGACGAGCAGGUGAUAGAAAACGCCGGGGAGUUCUUCAGAGACCAGGGCAAGCAGAUAUACCUGCCCCGGCCGGAGAUCUGCCCCCAGGGCUUGUUUGACCUGAUGCUGCGCUGCUGGAGUCGGGACUUCAAGGACCGCCCCUCGUUUGUGCAGAUUCAGCGCUUCCUCCUGGAGGAGGCCAUGAACAUGGUGUAAGCAGGGAGCUGGGGCCCGGGGCUCUGCAGGCUGGCCUGGGGUCCUGGGAGUCCCUCCAUUUCCCCUUUUUAAUCCGAUCUAGAGGUGGCAGGGUGCUCUCUCUGCAACAGACUGGCGCUGGUGGUGGUGGGGCAUUUUCAACUGGAUCUUCAAUUCCUUCUGCGUCUUCGAGUGUUGCAAACCUUGAUGCAGGUUUAAAUCGGAUGGGCUUCACAAAGCAGCGCCUUUGGUGACUUUUUUAUCUACAAGUUUGAGGACUUUCUAACCCUUGAUAUGGGCUUUUUGUAAUUCAGCUGAACUAAAAACAGACCUUCAGUGUGUGAUCAUGAUGGUCAGUCAUAGUAAAAGCAAGGCAUUUUAACCGUGUAAAGGGCAGAUUGAAAUUAGCUUUUUUGCAAUUUAUAAUUCUUAAUUCCUUGAGGUGUUACCCCCCAAAGGUUUUAAAAUACAGGGUGUUUUCAGAUCACACGGAAUACCUCUUGCACAGAGCAGUUCAAUCUGGUCAGGUUGGGUGGUGUACUAGCUCGAGAAGGGUAAGCAGUCCCUUAUAUAGAAAUCUAGUGGAAGGAAAAUGUGGAUUAAGAUGCAUUGCUUGGACACUUUGUUGUGCGGGUGGCAGAGAAAGCAAAAAUCAGUAAAGCGGAUAGUUUUUUUUAGGGAGAGAUCCUCCCAGCCUUAUGUACGUACUGCCUGGACACACACUGGAAAACGGACACUGGAUGCUGUAAGAGGUAAGCGUCGCUGCAUCGCUAAAGCAAGCCCAGAUUUCAUUCUGCUUUGAUUGAUUUCUUUUUUUUUUUUUUUUUUUAGGGUGCAAAAGUAGCUAGCCGGAUUUAUUAGUUCGACUCAGAGUUUAAACACUGGAUUUCUAAACGGUUCGGUUUAUUCACGUCAGCAGUAGACAAAACAGCGACCGCAUUUUAUUGUUGGCUUCUGCUGGAAAUCUGAUUCAGCUUCUGCUUGUCUGACCAGGAUGCAAACCCAUUCAGCUCUGGGUCUCAUUUCUCGGAAGGCAAUCACUCUCUCUAGGUCUGUUUUUAACGAUCUAAAUGAUAGAGGAUCUAAAUACCGUCAUAGUCUAACUCUAAUCAGAGUUGUAUUUCUUACCCUUAAAGGCCUCUACCUAUCGGGCGCGAAUGUAUCGACAAGCGAAUGUGUCGACACAUCUCACCACAAAACAAAGAAAAUGAAGCACGAGCCGCAAGUAGGAUUGGUGUCUAUUUUUUCGAUUUUGUUGCGCGGCUGCUAGGGAACUGACCACUGAGAAACAGCUUCUCUAGCGCGCCUUCAGUAAACAGUGGCGGGAGAAAAUAUCAUUCUUGCAAAAUCAACUUUCUUGCAAGUUCCAAGAAGUUCCAGUAUUUGGGUACAGUAGCAGCCAAAGAGUGUGGAUGUGUUGUGUCUCCUGAUUUCAGAAACCGCUGUCAAAGAACAGAUUUAAUAAGGAUCAUUUAUAAAAUGUGUUUUAUACAUUUUUGCACUCCUGUAUAUUUACGCUACCAUCAAUAUUUUCUGAAGCAGACCACUGAACAGAACGUCCUGAAAUCAGUUACUUCCUGUGCUGUAGGUGGCUGGCCAGACCAUUGGAGUGAGAUUGACAGACAGCACAGGAAGUGAUGACGUACCACCCAGCAACAGCAGUAUUUACAUAGAGAUGUAUUUGAAAUAUCUGAAUAUCCCAUAUUGUAGGGGAACACAACAAGAAGUAUAAGUUGGCGUUCCUUUUAAAGAGGUUGAAAUGUAGCUGGAGGUAAUGAGAUUUAAGGAAAUGUCCUCUGAAGCCCUGAUUGUAACACUGCUUUAUCUGCAUCGUUUUAGUACAAAACUAAAAAUAGGCGUUUUAUUAGUGUAUUUUUUACAAUGACAAAAAGAGUAAGUUUAAGGUUUUCUGUCUUCGCGUGAAUUCUAGGUGUUGUGUUACAUGUGGUUGUAUCUCUACUGCUGUUUUUUGAUACACUGUCAUCUGUAGCAAACAUUUUCUAAAAUAAUAAUGUGUACAUAUUUGAGGGAAAAAAGAUUUUUACACUAAUAUAUGGAGUCCUUUUUUGAGGUUUAUUUUUUUUUGUUUUGUUUUUAGUUUUUUUCUCCUAUGUAAGUCUGUCGACUGCUUGCUUUAUUUUUAAUGUUUAAUAAAAUAACUUCUAAUAACUUGUUACCGCUUGUUUUAUUCACACUAUCGGCUGCUUUUCAAAGUGAAAACACUAAGGUAACCAAAACUGAUAGAAUACAAUUAAGUAAUGCAAAAAUGUCAGUACCCAAUUAUUGUAUUUCCUCAAUUCUAAUGUUGGUAUCAAGACCACUAGAGGGCAGCAGGUUCUUCUAAACUGCAACCCCCUGUAGGUAGCAAUCAAUGAGAAUAUUCUGUCUAUUUCCAAACUUGCUAGCUGCUACAGGUAAAGAUGAAGGGCCCUAUUAAAGAACUAGAACAGGGCAAUUUUAACUGUAUAAAACUAGCAAGCAAUUGCUAAUAACCAGCUCCUUGCUGCAAGUUAUUUGCUAAUUUUUCUACCGUUUUAAAAUUGUUUUAUUCCUUUCGGCCCUUAGCAUCAUACAUGAAGGCACAACGUAAUAUUAAAACAAUGACCCCAUUGUCACGAGGUUAUAGAGGAGGCAUCCGUAGGUAAAUAAAUGCUUAUCCAAUCUUAUGAAACUUGUCUGGGACCUUUAGCACAUUACUGAGCGUGCCUGUUUAUUGUUCUGCCUCGGGGGGG